UCGCCAUUUUGAACAGGCUGGGCUGGUGUGUGGAACAGUCUCGAAGAGAAAAAACAGUUUCCUCUGUCCCGUGUUAGAAUUGCUGUCACAGAACCGGCUAUCUAAACGGCUCGUUUCAUGAACAGGUCCAUGAGGUGCAUGGAAACAUCACUGUGGUCUGUAUGAAUUCAGUUGAUGACACAUGGUGCGGAUUCUCAGGAUGAGUUUCCGAGAUCCCCCGGCGGCAGCAGCAGUAGCGCGAAGGACAACUGCAGCAUCUGUCCGGGCCGAAUAAACCACAAUCUGCCUCUGUCCUCUCACCCAGACGAUCAGUUGCCCUGUAAGCAAAGCGCUUGGAAAGAUUUCCAUGCGAGACCGUGAAGAAAAGCAGGAAAGCCAAAUAAGUGCCCUACUUCUUAUCAUAAGCACCCAAACUGCCCAGCCGUCUAUGUGACAUCUCUUCAAAAGCCGCCACUUUGCCCAACUUGGUGCACCACUCAUGAAAUGAGGGCGCACCAGCUGACUUCCAUCCCCUUAGAAUUACCUGCCUGCCGAUCAUCACGCUGGUAAGGACCCAGUUUGUUAUAUAUUUGUUAAUUAUGUUAAUGAAAAUACAAAGUCUGGGGCAAAAUAAAAUCUGAGUGCUCAAGACCUCAUAGAUAAAAUUCUGAACACUCAACCAAAACUCUUGAAUCUUAGUACAGAGUCAAAAAACUUGGGCUAUGUCCCCUUCCUCCAACUGGCAUUACCAGCAAGUAGGUGUGUCUUUAAGGCCAAGCCUAUACAAUCUAGAGGGAGUCCAAUAAAAACGAUGCAGUAUCUUAAAUUGAACGAGGCGCACCCUUGCAUCCCUAGACUUAAAAUUUUUAAAAAUCCUACCCCAUUCUCCAUCUUUCAGUACUCUCCCAUAACUUAAGAUAUGUUAAAACCCCAUCCCCUAGACUCUGAAUUAGCCAGGAAUAGUACGCUGAAGCUUCAUGACCUUUUCUAAAAGCAGCGAGCACCGUCUCAAGAGUGUCUGCCGCUUUAGGGGGCUGUGUACUACAUCCAAAUGUGGUACGGAUGAGAUGGCGCAGCUGGAAGUACCUGAAGAAUUAAGAUCUGGGAAUCCCAAAAGGCUGUAUUAUAUUUUCAAAGGAUUUCAACGCUCCAUUUUCAUACAGGUCACCCAGCGUAGCAACACCCUUCUCAAUCCAUUCUGUCCAGCAGAAAGGGGACUUGUUGAUGCACAAUUUAGAGUUCAACCAAAUACUUGUACGUUCAGGUAAAUGUCCGAAUUUAACUUGUGGGAAACUUUUGUCCACACUAAAUGCAUGUGCGAGAUAACGGGAUGUGUUUUUACUUCUCCGGGCAGCUUGGUAGAAAGACUUUGCAAUGGCAAGAUAGGGGCAAGGACCUCCUGUUCAAUAAAGAGCCAGGGAGGGGCUCUCUCAGGUGGAAGUGACCAAUGUGCCAAAUGUCUGAGACCAAAAGCAUAAUAGUAAAAUAAAAUCUUGGGGAGACCUAAUCCUCCUUUUCGAAUUGGCCUAUGUAACUUACUGGAAUGCAACCGAGGGCGUUUACCAUUCCAAAUAAAGAAUUUAGCUAUACUAUCAAAUUGUUUUAAAAAAAAAAGAGGGGAACUUCAAUGGGGAGAGACUGUAGUAGGUAGUUGAAUUUUGGAAUACAAUUUAUUUUUAUUACAUUAACCUUCCCAGUCAUAGAUAACCUGUCCACAUCACUCAAACCUUUUUAUUAAAGGGUCAAAAUUAACUCUAAAUCACUCAAAUUUGCUGGAAAUAAAAUGUCCAAAUACUUAAUGCUCUGUUUGGGCCACUGGAAGGCACCCGGUUGAAAAGUCGUUACAGAGCAAUACGCUGUCAGAGCCAAAGCUUCGGAUUUAGCCCAAUUCACUCUACAGGGCUCCAGACGGGAAAAAAUUAUGCAGGAGCCAUUGGCUCCUAAACUGAAACAUUAAGGAGCCAAAUGGCUGUUUUUAGUCGCCAAAUCACAGAAUUGCUUGAUUUAGAUUGCUGUUCAGAAACAAGAUAGAAAGCCAUAGAAAAGGAAUACAGCUGAUAACCCAUUAAUCGGAGGUUUAAUAAACAGAAUAUAUUGUUGAGAAGAUAACUUAGCAUUCCCUUUUGUCUCAAAUGUUCACACCCCUUUCAUAAUUUAUACAAAUAUAAGAGAUAAAAGAUUUUUUUAUUUAGUACUGCCCUUCAGAAUCUACAAUACAGAUAAUUACAUAUAGUAUAUGCAUAUAGUAGUUUGUUGCCUUCUUGAGCAUCAGUGAAUGUUUGCACCUUGUGUAAUAGUUGUGUACAAGUCCUUCAGUUGUCCUCAAGUGUCAAAAGCUUGAUCUCAUAUAUAUAUUAUAAUUUUGUUAUUAUAUAAUAUAAAUAUCUAUAAUUCAAUGUUUUUUUUAAUAUUUCCUUAGUCUUUCUUUACGAAUACAGGAUGGCCCAGACACAGAGACUACAAGAGUGCAAAUUGAAAGAAAUUCCAGAUGCAGUUUAUUGUGCUACUCCAAUCCCAAUCAAUAAUUAACAGAAGAAGAAAAAAGUGGUACACAAUACGGGACUUUUAAUUAUAAAGAAGCCCGAAAUACACUUGGGACUCUUAUUUUGAAAUGUCUGCACUCCCAGAUGUGAGGACACUGACGGCUGAUUCGCUGAGAAAGUGAAUCUGAUUCAAACUGCUAACCUGAGCUCCUGAGUUCAAACCCUCAGCUCUUUUCGGGUGAUUCAAAAAGACCCGGUUCAAAAGAGUAAUUUGUAAGUUGGUGCAGCGAGCUUUCAUCACGACAGAACGGGUAAAAAGCUGUGCGAGACACACUGGUUGUGUGCGCUCUAAAGAUGUAUUCAGUAACUCACAAGAUGAUAUCUGACGAAACCGCAUAUGAACGCACACAACCCGACUGUUGCCAAUGGCGACUAGAUGUUAAAUUAUUCUCGCAAUAAAUUUUUUUUGGUCGCAUUUGCAACCAUUUUAGUCACAGUCUGGAGCCCUGCUCUGUAUCCUGAGAAUUUAGAAAAGGAAUUAAUAAUUCUAUGGAGGCAAGGCAUAGAUCUAGUAGGAUCAGAGACGAAUAAUAAAAUAUCAUCUGCAUAAAGCAGAAGCUUAUGCGCCACACCUCCCGCCAUCACAUGGGAAAAUCAUCAUCCUUAUCGCGGCUGCUAAUGGUUCCAGGGCAAGAUAGAACAAUAAGGGGGUGCCCCUUCCAGAAUAAAAUAAUCUGAAAUUAAUCCAUUCGUUUGAACCGCCGCUGCCGGGUGUCUAUAAAGUAACAUAAUCCACCCAAUAAAAGUAUUCCCGAACCCGUACAUUUCCAAAAUCUUAAAUUAAUCCCAUUCUACCAUAUCAAACACCUUUUCGAAAUCAAGUGAGAUGGUAGCGACUGGAGUCUGAUCAUUUGCCACUGCUCACAUGACAUUAAUGGAACACCUAAAGUUAUCAGAAGAGUUACGUCCCCGAGUAAACCCCACCUGAUCUAUAUGUCAUAACUUAAUCAGUUAGCCAAAAUUUUUGACAAUAUUUUAACGUUUAGCUGAAUCAGGGAAAUUGGAUGGUAACUCUUACACUCACUUGGAUCUUUGUCCUUUUUAAGAAUCAGACUGAUCCGGGCUUGUGUCAUGGUUGGUGGAAGCUUACCAUUCUUUAAUGAUUCCAUGUAAACUUCUAACAAAAUUGGAGCCAGUUCUGUAUCAUAAGAUCUAUAAAAUUCAGCAGCAAAGCCUUUUGGCACCGGAGCCUUGCCUGUAGGCAAGGCUUUAAUUACCUCGCCAAGCUCCUCCAAGGUUAUCUCAGAAUCAAGAGAAUUUUUUUGCUCAGUCGUCAGUUUAGGAAGUUCUAAUGGUUCCACAAAAUUUCUAAUAUCCUCAUCUGUAGAUGAAGACAUGAAACUAUAGAGAUCAAGAUAGAAUUCUUUAAAAGCAUUAUUAAUAUCAAUGGCUUAGGUAAAUAUUUCACAACCAGCAGAUUUUACUGAGGGAAUUGAAGAAAAAGACUCUCUCUGCUUUAUAUAUCUAGCCAGAGGUUUUCCUGCCUUGUCCCCCGACUCACAGUACGACCGUCUUGCCCUGAAUAGCCAAAAUUCCACCUUCCGCAACAAAAUAGUAUUAUAUCUGUAUUUCAAUCGGGUCAAUUCCCUGAGGCCAUUAGACUACAUUUGGCGCUUCAGCUCUGCCUUGGCACUUUUAAUAUUCCCUUCCAAUUCCACAAGUUUUUGUGCUUUUGGAUUUUUUUGAUGAAUGAGGCAUACUGUAUGAUCCGGCCCCUAAGAACCGCCAUAAGUGCCUCCCAAGUCACACCCACAGAGGAUACUGAGGACCAGUUGGUCUCCAUAUAGACAUUGAUUUCAGCCUUUAGCAAUGUUGGAAUUCAGGAUUUUGCAAAGGGAUACAUUAAAGUGGCAACUAUAUGAUUUAUUUUUCUCCGUAUGUGGCAACACCUCUAAACACACCAGGGCGUGAUCUGAGACUAAAAUGUUUCCAAUUGAGCAAUCAGCAAUGGAUGAAAUGAGGGACUUGGAUAACAAAAAAAUAAAUAAAAAUCUAUUCUAGAGUAAAUCUUAUGGAUUGAUGAAAAAAAUGUAUAGUCCCUCCCAGAUGGGUUCAAAAGUCUCCAGAUAUCUGUAAGACCAAGAUUUUUACACAAGCAUCAAUGUUGCUCUAGGGGGCUUGUCGCCUCCCAAUAUUAUAUCAUGAGGGGUGGCAGCGGCUUGCAACAUCCCUUCAAGAUCUAUAAAAAAGCCCUGAUCAUCAAUGUUAGGUGCAUAAAUAUUAGCCAAAAUAAGACUUUGCCCCUGAAUUUCAGCUAAAUCAAUAAUGACUCUUCCUAAUUUAUCUUUAAUCUGUUUGAGACAUUUGAAUUGUAGAUAUUUACUUAUCAGUGUAAUGACUCCCCUGCUCUUACUUGAGCCAGCACUAAAGAAAUCAUGCCUCCCUAUAUCUUCCCAAAUUUUUCAGCUUCCUGCGGAGAAAGAUGCGUUUCUUGAAGAAACAUUAUAUCAUAUUUUUUUUUACACUUAAGAAGAGAAAUAACCUUCUUUUUAUGGGGUGCCCCAACUCAUUCACAUUCCACAUGGAGAGAGACAAUCCACUCAUAUUAACAUUUUGACAUAAGAAAAAAUAGAUUAUGUGUCAAAAACAAGAUUAUAAAGACCACAUUCCAACAUUAGUGCUACAAUCAAACCCCGAACAUCCUCUAGAACAAAAAAAAGAAAAACGUGCGCAUUAACCCAGCGCACGACAGUGCCAACUGGCGUCCAUCCCUCCAAACUCAAACAGUCCAUGCACACCUACGAGAACCCCCACGACAGUCGGAUUGCUCUAGUCCUGUUUCUGUACAAAUUUUGUGAGACAAAAUUACACAGCAAAAGAUAAUCUAUAAAAACAAACUCCAGCCAGUAGGUGGAAUAAACACAAAGAGCAUGUAGAUUCAUCCAUAAAACUGUCCUGAAUGUGUGUUACUCUACAAAAUAAACUCUAGCCGCUAGGCGGAACCAGCACAAAAAAAGCAUGCAGAUUCCUCAGAGUCAAGUGAAUGUUCAUUGAGCUGGUCCACUCGGCUACAACGUGAGUACAACAAGAUGACUUACUCCAUUGACUUUAUGAAGGACUGUGGGCAUGUGAAUGUUUUACGGCCAUUCUUAACAGCUAUUCUCAAUUUGGCUGUGAAUAUCAUUGCAAAAGCGACAUUCCGUUGAUGUAAACGUUUCUUGCAUUCCUUGAAUCGAUCACGUUUCACUUUUGUCAAGUUCGCAAAGUCUGGGAAAAAGAUAAUGCUGUUUCUUCCAAGAAAGCUUUCCUUUACUCCUUGCCUUGCAUAACACUAGAUCUUUAUCGGAUGAUCUCUGAAAUUUGGCCAGAAUUGAUCGGUGCCUGUCUCUCUCCGCGGAUCACUGAGCAGGAACCCAGCUUAUGGCCUGCUAUGUCGAUCAGAUUUGGAAAGAGCCCAUCCAGGAAUUUCACCAUAUCCUGUCCAUCUACUCCUAUGAUAAACACGUUAUUCUGCCGGCUACGGUUUUCCAUGUCCUCCAACUUCUCCCAGACACGCUCCAAAUCCACCUUGGUUGCUAGCAGAUUAGCAGAUAAUUCCCUCUCCAAUGACUCCAGGUAAUCGAUCCGUUUCUCGACAUCCCACACUCUUGUAACCACAUCAAUGAACUUCGCCUCAAUGGCGGUGAUCAAUCGACGCAUUGCAGCAAGAUCCUGCAAGUCAGCAACGACCUUCGUCAGCAUUGCCAACAUGUUCAGCAUCUCCCUCACCUCCCCAACCAAAUCGACUCCCAGGUCCGCAGACUGCUUGAGGGCAUCAGCUUGAGCACAUAAGUGUCUUUAAUGUCUCCAGAGCCCAAGGAUUUUGAAUUCUUUGACAUUUUGUCCUCCUAGAACAGUUAUGGAACGUGUAUCGAAUCUCACGAGUUUGUCAUAAAAAGUAUUAAAACUAGCAAAGUACGCUGAGCUCAAUGUUCACACGUCCGAUCCUCGCAUGGCGUCACGUGACUCCCCCUAAACUGUAUUUUUUAAUAGGAAAGGUGCCCAGAGCAAUAUACAGUCAGGGGGCCCAGAUGACCUAUUAUGGCCCUGCUUCUAUGCUCAAGAAACUCCAAGAGACAACACAAAGUCAUUCAAAAUAUCCCUGUAAGACACCUCUGACCAUCUUCUCAUGUCAUUUACCCAUCGUGUUAUAGUUAAGAAGAGAUGUUUCAGCUUCCAGUGAAUAACCUCACUCGGUUGAGGAAGGCCAGGAAGAAAGUCAAGAGACUACUGAGUGAUAUUGGCCUUGACUACUGCAAAGAGCAUGUUGAGGACUACAAAGAGUUUGGUCCCAGUGAUUCGUAUAUGAAUCAAGCCUACCUUGAUGUUUGUCUGUGGGAUCCAUCCUGGACAAAGGCACAGGACUACAGGACGAAGCAGUUUUGCUGCUCAGAUUGCCCAUUUGCCUCCAAGUAUUUCUCCGCCUACAAAAACCACUUCCGCAAUGUUCACAGAGAAGACUUUGAGAGCCGGAUCCUCCUUAACUGCUCCUAUUGCACAUACAGUGGGAACAAGAGGACUCUGGAAACCCACGUCAGGCUCUUCCACAUGCCUCAGAAUAUGGUGCGACAGGGUGCUGCAGGUCCUCAUGGAGCCCAAGUGUGGGUCAAGGACAACAUGCGGGUAGACAAGCCCUUACCAGGUGAUCGAAAGGAGCUGCCGGUCUACUACUGCAAGAAGUGCACCUAUCGAGAUAGACUGUACAAUGUGGUGCGCAGGCACAUCUACAGGGAACACUUCCAGCAUGUGACCACACCUUACCUUGGAAAAAACUCAGAGAAGCAAGAAAACAGUGUCGAGGCACCUGGCAACAGUCAUGGAAUCCACUGCAAGAGCUGCCACUUUUCGCCUCGUUCUUAUGAAGCACUGGUGCAGCAUGUUAUCGAGUUCCACGAGCGCAUUGGUCAUCAAGUCACCGCUAUGAUUGGACACACCAACGUCAUAGUGACGAGACCCCAAGUGAAUAUGAUUCAGAGGGGCGUUAAUAUCACUCCUGGUGUGCGUGCUCAGACACCUCAAAUGAAUUGCUUCAAUAUGCCCAAAAUGGUAGGGUUACCCGUAGGCAACCAUUUCAAGCAAAGUGUUGCAGGCAACUCCAUGCCUGGUCAACCAGUGCGCAUUACACUACCUGAUAAAGCUUUCAUGUCUGGUGCUGUCUCCCAGUCACAUGCAGGAAAACACCUGCGCAGCUGCGGAGUCCAUGGUGCUACACAUCUUAAUGCUAAGUCAGCUUCUUUCUCCCCCUCACUGAAGAGUCUACCUCUCUCUUCAUCAGUGCAGGCUGCUACUGCCACUUUGACAUCGUUACAGGCUAAGAAAGCCUCAGCCAAUGCUCUGAACACCGCACAAACACAGAAGUGGAAAAUUUGCACCAUCUGCAAUGAACUAUUUCCUGAGAAUGCAUAUAGUACUCAUUUUGAAAAAGAGCAUCAGGCAGAAAAGGUGAGAGCCAUGGCGAAAUAUAUCAUGAAGAUCCACAACUUUACUAGCAAGUGUUUGUAUUGUAACCGUUACCUACCCAGCGACUCUUUGUUGAACCAUAUGCUAGUGCAUGGGUUAUCAUGCCCACAAUGUCAUUCCACAUUUCAUGAAGUCGAGAAAAUUGUAGCACAUAAGCGGCUGGCCCACCCUAACGAGGUAGGGGAUGCGCCAACUGGCUCGCCUCUCACAUUUGAUCUCACACUUCAACAAGGAAGUCCCAAAAAUGUUCAGCUUAUUGUAACCACCUACAACAUGAAGGAGACACCAGAAGCAUCUUCAACUGCUCAGCCACAAAACAGCGCUGUGGCCAAGUCUGCAAAGGCGCCAGAGAACCAAAGUGAUUCUGUGGUCCGAAACAUGUCCCAAUCUUCGUUGUCCCAGAAGAAAGAAGUUGGUAAAACACUCUGCCCUCUAUGCUUCACUAUUCUCAAAGGUCCCAUCUCGGAUGCCCUCGCCCACCAUUUACGGGACCGUCAUCAAGUACUCCAAACACUGCACCCUGUGGAGAAAAAGCUAACGUACAAGUGCAUCCACUGUCUGGGGGUGUACACUAGCAACAUGACAGCUUCCACCAUCACGCUUCACUUGGUCCACUGCCGAGGCGUUUGCCAGACACCAAAAGGUCAGAGCAGUAAGUCUAUCUCAACUGCGCUGGGAUCACCAGGAGCUGGGUCUCUCAAGCGUGAGUUAGUUGCCUUAGAUGCAUCUGACCCCAAGAGGAGGAAAAUGGUAGACCAGUCCAGGUAUUACCCAACAGUUUUUGUUGAGAAGCCAGAGGAACCCAUUGUGUUGGCCUUAGAUCCUAAAGGUCACGCCUAUGAGUCUUACGAGGCACGGAAAGCUUUCCUUACAGCAUAUUUUAAUCGACAUCCCUACCCUUCCCAACGGGAGAUCGAGAAACUUGCUGCAAGUCUCUGGUUAUGGAAGUCUGACGUCUCGAGCCAUUUUGCUAACCAUAGGCACUCAUGUGAACGAGAUUUCGUCACCCGCAAACCUGUUAUAUUACUAGGCUUUGACAUGAAGAUGGUGUGCCAGCUCAAGCAUGACAUGACCUUUGAUGGUAAAUGGCUGUUCGAGAUCAAUAAUGAAGAAAACAGUGGAUUCUCAAGGACCUCAAAAUUUAGAUCGAAAGCUCCUGUUGGGUUUUUUUGUGCAGAUGAUGGUGCUAGAGCUGUCCAAUUCAAGGAGGAGAAGCAGACUUCAUACACUGAACAAAGUAGUCAAAGCAACUGUGCCUUCAAGCCAUGCCCUGGAUCAUCCUCAGAACCUAUUGCCAUUGACUCGGACAGUGAUUCAGAGCCAGAAGUGAUCCCUAAUAAAAAUCUGAAACGUAAUCAACAAGCUCCAGCGUUUAGGCCUUUAGUAGUUCCAUCCCACACAAAAGGAACAGUGCUGCGAGAGAGCUUCCAUUACGAAAGUGGUGUGAGGGGGAGCAGAAGUUCUCCCAGAGUUGGGGCCAAAAGUCUUGAUGAUUCUGUUUCUGGCUCCAGUCCUGAAGAGGCAGCCUGGUCAAACAGCAUGUCUCCUGAAGAGAGCCACUACAGACCAGCAGAACGAUUUGAAGUGAAGGGGGAAAAGGUGGGGUUGCUUGGUAGAUGAUGGCUUGUGGUGACAAUCCCCGCUUCUAGAACUCUUCAUGCCCAGAUUUGUAGGUCAGAGUCCUUACGUCAUAUUUGGUUGACAUCAAAUGUUACGAUAUGAACAUGACAUGAUAUUAACUGUCAAUGUCAUGUCAAGCCAGAGGGGUUACACACUUUUAACUUAAAGUCAUGUUAACUCUCAAACAAUUCUGUUUUCAAAGAGCGGAAAAACUAAUAUACUGUAUGAUAAAUUUUUUCAACCGAUCCAUAGUCCUUGGUGAUUUCUUUUGUUCUCCCUUUUUUUUAUACUGUUCUCUGUAUUUAAUCAUACACUUGUUGGAAUUGUAACUAAAUUGAUAGGUCUAUUGUUUUCCUGAUCAAAUAAAAAGGAUGGUGUAAUUUAC